AUGGAAAGUUGUGAAGCUGACAAAUGGAGUAAAAUUGCACCUAAUGGACUUUUAAAUGGUUAUUUUCAACUUUCGAAAGCAAGAUUAACAGCUUUAAUAACGGUAACAGCAGUCGGUGGAUUUAUUUUGUCGCCAGUUUCGAUUGUUUUUCCUACUUUGGUGUCUUGCGCAUUAGGUACUGCUUUACUCUCUGCUUCAGCUAAUGCUUAUAAUCAUUUGCUUGAAGCUCCUUAUGAUGCACAAAUGAAAAGGACUCAGUCACGGCUCCUUGUCGUCCACAAGUUUACUCCUUUACAUACACUUUUUUUCGCCAAUAUAACUGCACUCGGUGGCUUUAGUUUAUUGCUUUGGAAAUGCAAUCUUUUAACUGCUAUUCUUGGUAUUCUCAACGUUUUACUUUAUGCAGGUAUAUAUACUCCUUUAAAGCGCCACCAUGUGGGUUGCACUUGGGUGGGAGCAGUGGUUGGUGCUAUUCCACCAGUUAUGGGCUAUACUGCAGCAACAGGAAUAAUUGACUUUCCUUCUCUUGUUCUUGCUGCUAUACUAUUUUCUUGGCAGUUUCCACACUUUAAUGCUUUAAGUUGGAAUCUUAGAGGAGAAUACACUCGAGCCGGUUAUAGGUUAAUGUGCGUCAUCGAUGAAAAGCUAUGCCGGGCCACAGUAUUGCGACAUUCGGUUGCAUUGUUUGCUCUAUGUUCAUUAGCGGCACCACUUUCUGGAUUGACACAGACCUCCUUUGCUUUUGAUUCAAUUCCUAUAAAUGCUUAUAUGGUUUAUUUGUCGUUUAAAUUCUACCAAAAUGCCGAUGCAAAGACUUCUCGCGCACUGUUUCGUUUUAGUUUGCUGUAUUUAUCUCUAAUUAUGUUAAUGAUGGUCAUUAGCAAUUACGGAACUAAUUUAAAAAGGCCAAAUCAUGAAUCGAAUUCAACCAACGUAUCCGGUGAUUGA